AUUAUAUAUCAUUGGAACAACCCUCAACUUCUGCGGAGGCCGGGGAAGAACAAAUAAUUUAUACAAUUGUUCAUGAAACAGCAACUAUGUCAGAUGAGUCGCAGUCCCAGUUGGAAAUAAAAGAACUUCUGGGCAGUUGGAAUCUUGGACACCUGUCAGAUUUGUUUAUCUCUGAGCGCAUAACAGUUGAAGUGCUUAAAAUUUUAAAGGAAAAACAUUUUCCUAUGCUUUUCAAAAACAGUUCAGUUGGAGAUCUGGCAAUGUUUGAACACAAGUUAAUGGAGUGGAGAUCCUCUCUAGGUAUCGGAGAGCAGCAAAUUGAUAUGUUUACCUUGCGGGAAAAUUCAUGCAGCUCAUCAUUUUCAUCUUCGCCAACGUCGUCAAUAAGAGAAGAUCCAUCUGCGCCUGCUAUAUCUCUUUCUUUAAUUUUAAAAAACUCACCAAAGGCGAGAGACAUAGAAAAAUUCUAUGAACAAAACUUCAAGCUUCAGGAUAUACAUCGACAGGCGUUGAUCACAUUAAUAUGUGAAUAUUUUAUCGACAACCAUCUUCAUUUGAAUUUAUACACUAGCUACAUGCUAGAGGAACAAAUAUUGCAAAGAUUCAAAGGGGAAAAGCUUGAGUUUUACCGCACUGGUAAAAGAGGUAAAAUAUAUGCCAAGUUUUGCAAUUCGAAGACCUCCUCUAGAUUGGCUGUUAAAAGAUCUAUCUUUCCUAAAGCUGAAAAUGCUGAAGUAACUGAGAAAUCAAAUAAAAAACAUUUGAUGGAAUUCACUCCGGAAGUUGAUGCAGAAGAGUGUAUUAGGAGCAUCAAAUAUGAUAACUUGUCAACUUCAGAGUUCGACAGCUGUUGGCAAGCUUGUAGCCAAUUUAGACUGGAUCAAAUAUAUAAAGAGACAACUUUACACACCAUUUUUGAGGAAUGGCCGGAUUACAAGAAGCCAGGAGGUUAUCGUUUGAUUGACAAGGAUUUUGGGGUUGUUUUUCGAAAUUCCCCAGGAGUUCUUUUGAAGUAUCCAGAGCAGGCUGGCAAUCUGAGAAAGUUUUUACUAGAUGAAGAUCACCUGCGAGACAAAAAUUUACGAAAUAUGGUGAACCAAAUUGACGAAAAUGAUAUUAAAACUGAUAGUGCAGCAGUAAAAUUAUUUUGGUGUCUCCACGGCUAUUUGAUACCAACACAAAAGGGCAGCCGGAAAGAUAACUCUGGAAAAAGUAGUACUGUAAGGUUUACUAUUAAAAGCUCUCAAGAGGCUUUCCUUUUUAUUGGGUCCAGCGUACAAGAACUCGAUGACCAUAUAGCAUUUUUGAAAAGCAAGUCAGAAAAUAUACAACCAUUUAUACUUGCCGUUGGGGAUAAGGAUUUUGAAAACUUUUCGAACUACUACGUUUACCUUGAUGGUAUUAAGUUCGUGUUUUCAAAUUUUUUGAGAGCAAUUGAUAUAUGUUUCAAGUGCUUCAACUUGUUUAAUUUGGAGUAUCCGUUAGCGUGCUCACAAUUAUGGACAUUUAUUGAGCACUACUUCUACGAGCUCAACAUUUCUAAAACAAAAUCCCCUAAAAUGUAUUUACUCAUCGAAGCGUUAAGAAAAAGCGCUCUGACUCAAGAUGAUGAAGUUGCAGAUUCAGAAGCCGGCCUCGGAUAUAUUUAAUUAAGUUUUAUAUACAUAUGUACACAUAUUAAUUUUUGUUAAUUGUUUAAUUAGAAUCAAUUAUAAAUUAUUUUAUUUAAAAUGUUAAAUUUUAAGUGUUAAAUACUUUCUUUCUAUUAUAAAUUAUUUUAAUAUAAAAUAUAUUAUGGGCUUGUAUAAG